AUGGCGAUGGUGAUAUCACAAACGACUAAAGCAGCUAUAGCUGGAUGUUUGGCUCUGAUGAUAUUAGGAGCUGUUCUGGUUGUUGGCGUGGCUUUUGGAUGGUUUGAUCCCAAACGAGAAGAUGAAGAUACACCCGCAAAGAUCAGUGCAAGACUUCAGGGCCGGACAUCGUUUGUCACUCAUAGAGCUGUGAACCCAGACGAAAACAGAUUACCAGUUAUUUUACAUACAUCCUCAUAUUCUCAGAAAGGAAAUAAAUACGAAAAUGGGUCGAGAGGAAUAGGCCCGUCCGGGAUGGACCGGACAGACAAACGUGUAACACUAUCGAGUCAAUGUCAAUGUACGGUAAAUGAUAUAUUUCGAAUGAUGGAAGUGAUACCUGGUUUAGUUGGACCACCUGGACCUCCAGGGCCGACUGGUGCCGAUGGUAUGACAGGGGCCCCAGGAAAAACUGGACAAAUAGGAGAAACAGGAGCGCCUGGGCCUCAAGGUGUAAAAGGUGAUCGUGGAGAGAGGGGUGAUAUAGGUCCUACUGGUAUAGAGGGCCAGCCAGGGCCUAAAGGGGAGCCUGGCGCUGAUGGUACACCAGGUCUUCAAGGACCGCCAGGACCUCCGGGUCCUCCCGGAUUGCCUUCAUCGCCAUUGAUGGAAUCAACAGGAUUAUACGUAGCUGGGGAUCGUGGAGUUACGGGACCUCCCGGCGAACGAGGCCCAAUGGGUCUACCCGGACCCCAAGGAGAAAGGGGUUACGCGGGGAAUAAAGGCGAAAAAGGAUUACAUGGGGCUAAAGGCGAUAAAGGUGAACGGGGGUACGUGGGUUUGCGAGGGCCACAUGGUGCGAAAGGGGAAAGAGGGGUGCCAGGGAAAGAUGGCACACCUGGUUUGCCCGGCGCUCAUGGACGCCCAGCGGAAAAGGGUGAAAAGGGUGCUCGCGGACUUCCUGGUUUACCCGGACCUUCAGUAGUCGGCAUUUCUGAAAAUUCUGUAUUAAGUGAAAUUGCUCUUCCAGGAUCUCGUGACGUCAUGAAGUUGAAAGGCGAAAGAGGAGAAAGGGGCGAAAAGGGUGAAAAAGGUAGCAGAGGUAUGGAGGGCCCACAAGGUUUUCCAGGCACUGAUGGAAGGCCUGGUGAAAGAGGGGAUAUUGGACCAUCGGGUCUCCCUGGACCUCAAGGAGUACUGGGUCCAAUUGGUCCCAAGGGAGAUAAAGGAGAUCCCGGUCCACCUGGACCUGUAGCAAUUUCAAGAGAAGAAGCUUUGAUCAUGACCAAGGGUGAAAAGGGUGAGACUGGUCCUAGGGGGAAACGGGGUCACCCCGGCGCUCCAGGCCCGAGGGGACCACCAGGACUUCCUGGGCCCCCCGGAGUCCCUGGAAUUAAUGGACCUUCUGGUGAUAUUGGCCUGCCAGGAUGGACGGGUCCACCGGGUGUAGCGGGUCAACCAGGCCCGCCGGGACAGAAAGGUGAAAAAGGAGACUCCGGUAUAUCACCAGCCGACCUCGAAAAGGUAAAAGGUGAAAAAGGUGAACGCGGCUAUGAUGGGACCUCUGGACCUCCGGGUAAAGACGGUCCGCGGGGUCCACCUGGGCCCCCAGGGACCCCAAGCACAAGUUUGCAAUACAUUCCGGUUCCAGGCCCUCCAGGUCCCCCCGGGCCGCCCGGGCCUCCUGCGGUUUUCCCGAAUAACGUUCCCAUCGACGCUUUGACAGAUAGCCCUGGGAUUAAUCGCCUUCAACCUGGCACAGGAAAACCACGAGAUCCGCUACAAAUUCUGAGAAACUUGAAUAAUUUGAUGCAGUACCGCCAAGAACAAUUUGAGCCUGGAAUACGAGAUUCGCUAGAAAGUGACGGAGAAAAUACAGAUUUCGAUGAUGAAGAAGAUGGCAGGACUCUGGUCGGCACUAUACUAUUUAAGUCAACGGAAUCAUUAUUACGGUUGGGAACAAACACUCCACGAGGAACAUUAGCAUACGUAUUGCAAGAGCAAGCGCUUCUUGUAAGAGUCAACAAAGGCUGGCAAUAUGUUGCAAUGGGUUCGCUUUUAAAGAUACCGAGUCCGCCGGGUAGCGGCGUUACGCUUACUCCAGUUCAAAAUAUAUUAGAAACAUCUAGUUUGGUACAUCAUAAAAACUCGGCAACAGGAGGACCAGCGCUUCGUCUGGCAACACUUAAUGAGCCUCACACAGGCGAUAUGCACGGAGUCAGCAGCACCAACUACGAAUGUCACAGACAAGCUGAGAGAUCCGGCUUAGAUGGAACUUUCAGAGCCUUUAUUACUUCAAGGGUACAAAACAUAGAAUCCAUAGUGAAUUGGGUGGACCGUGAAAUACCAGUAGUGAAUAUCCGAGGGGACAUUCUGUUCAAUUCGUGGGGUGAAAUGUUGGAUGGUUCUGGAGCUCUAUUCGCACACGCUCCUAAAUUAUACAGCUUCAAUGGAAAAAACGUAAUGAUGGAUCCCAGUUGGCCAACAAAAGCUGUUUGGCAUGGGGCCACACCAAACGGUGAACCGGCAAUGGAUGCGUAUUGUGACGCAUGGCAUAGCAGUAGCCCGACGAAAUUCGGAUUGGCCUCUUCAUUACGCUCUAACAAGCUUUUAGAUCAAGAAACGUACCCGUGCAGCACGCGACUAAUCGUGCUCUGCAUUGAAACUACUCCGCUUAACACAGUAAGAAGAAAAAAACGUUCCAAAUAUCGGGUAUCCGACAAAAUACAUUUCCUCAAAGACAUCGAAAAACGAAACGAAACUCUAAACUUAUAG